CAGGGCGCCGCAGCGCAGGGAUGUGAACCAGGCGGGGAGGAAGGCCCUUGACUCAUCAGAUAAAUCCAGCCCCGCACGGGGAGUGAAGGUGGAGGAGGUGGUGGCGCUGCUGCUACUGGCAGGGGAGGAUGGCGGGGGACAGCGAGCAGAGGCUGGAGGAACACGGGCAGCCCAGCGGCGGCGAGCCCUUUCUCAUUGGGGUCAGCGGUGGCACAGCCAGCGGCAAGUCCUCUGUAUGCUCCAAGAUUGUCCAGCUGCUGGGCCAGAACGAGGUGGACUACCGCCAGAAGCAGGUGGUGAUCGUGAGCCAAGACAGCUUCUACCGGGUCCUCACCUCAGAGCAGAAAUCCAAAGCACUCAAAGGCCAGUUCAAUUUUGACCACCCAGAUGCCUUUGACAACGAGCUGAUCGUGAAAACGCUCAAAGAGAUCACGGAAGGGAAGACGGUCCAGAUUCCUGUCUAUGACUUUGUCUCACACUCCAGGAAAGAGGAGACGGUGACUGUCUACCCUGCCGAUGUGGUGCUCUUCGAAGGCAUCCUCGCCUUCUACAGCCAGGAGGUGCGGGAUCUGUUCCGCAUGAAGCUUUUUGUGGACACGGAUGCAGACACCCGGCUGUCCCGCAGAGUGCUACGAGAUAUUAGUGAGCGAGGCAGGGACCUGGAGCAGAUCUUAUCUCAGUACAUCACCUUCGUCAAGCCUGCCUUUGAAGAGUUCUGUUUGCCAACCAAGAAGUAUGCUGAUGUGAUCAUUCCCAGAGGAGCAGAUAACGAAGUGGCCAUAAACCUCAUUGUGCAGCACAUCCAGGACAUUCUUAAUGGAGGACUCAGCAAACGCCAAAGCAACGGCUACCUGAAUGGCUACACUCCUCCCCGCCAGCGGCAGCCCUCAGAGUCCAGCAGCCGGCCUCACUGACCUGAGUGGCAGUGUGAGGCUGGGGCAGAGGGCGCUUAGGCCCUGACACUGCCCCUGUGUACAUACUGUUUAUUCACUCCCCCCUUAUCUAUUUAAGAAAACAGAUGGAGAUGAAUGCCUUUAAUUUUUUAUGUUUGAAAUGCUGACUGAGAAUCGGCCAGCUACUUGGGAGCCUGGACUGUCCACAGCUCCUGGCCUUGCUCAACAACUCCUCUAGCACGGAACCGGCUAUAAGUAUCUAUAAAUAUAGAAUUGCUCUAUUUUUGUGUAAA